CGGGACGCUAUAUAUAAAACCCAGGAAGCAAUCCAAGGGAAACAGCACACGUUAGCUCUGCUGCAGACCAUACACAGGGUACAGUGAUGCAGAAAACUAUUCCUGGCUGCUUUUUCCAGCAAAUGUAUUCUUCCCUGACUGGCAUUUCUAUGGAGAGAGACCACAUGAAAGAUCUCAGAAGAUACCUGGUACUUAAAUACAUCCAAUACCUCGUCCUGUCUUCUUCAAAUGCUAUCAGCACUCUUCUGGGCCUGCUGGGCAGUUUCUACACGAUAAUCAUCCUGCAGUCUGCAAAGGUUUCGUCCAAGUCCACUGCGGUUCUCAUUUCGAGCCUGGCAAAGGCAGACAUCCUGGUUUCCGUUAGCGCUGUUUCUGAGAUGGUCGUAUGGACCUUUGAUGUUACUAUCUCAUCUACAGCGUUCACAUCAGCUCUGCUGCAGAACCUUCUCACUGCAAACACGCACAUCAGCUGCUUGCUGCUAAGCUGCGUUGCCUUCGAGGCUUACUUGAUAACCUUCUUCCCCACAGAGUCUCGACAUUUACGGACGGUGAAAAAAGCCAGACUGACAUCCAGGAUCAUCUGGAUCCUGGUGACUGCAGAGUGCGCCCUGUUCCAGAUGGAUGACCUCCUGAAGGCCAGCAGCACUUCUGCUCCCACCUGCAGCCCUUGCGUUUUGCUGUUCCACUUCUCCAGCACGGCUGCAGCCCUUCUCAGGUCCCUCAGUUACUUCCUGGGGAUUCUUUUAAGGAUCGUCAACGUAUACAUCUACUACAAAAUAUUUUUUAGCAUGUCUAACAGAUCUACGCUAAAAACAAAGUAGCGCCUAUUGCCAGGGGAAGUGGUGCUGUGACACCAAGCAGAAGAUACUUCAACGCAAUUUCAAACUACUGGUUUGAAAAUUGUUCAGUAACCAGGACCGAGGCUCCUGUUUUGGCACACCACUGAGUUUACACCUUCCUGUUUCCUGAUGCUGUUUGGCCUCGGUUAUUGUGUGGAGCUUGGGGUUGAGGGGUCCCUUGGCACUGAAGCACAACAAAGCCGGGCUGUGUGCGCUCGCGCUGACAGCCAUAGAGCACGGCGGCUGUUUUGGUUCUUCUCGAUCGAGAGUUUAUUCACUGUACAGGUGAAACAAAUGUCAUUUCAUGAACGGUUGAAAAAACUGAAGCAACCCAAAUAUCUUUUACAUAAAAAGGGUGCUUACAUGCUUACUCAGGUAUCUGUUGAGCCAAGAGCUGUCUAGUUGUAUACUAAAGAUAUGAUUUAUGUCCUAAAACAUCUCUAACCCAGGUGACCCACCAGGCUCAGCAGGUAGGACCGAGAGACAAGGCAAGCACCAAGCUGACCAAGCCAAGCUGGGCUUGUCCUGCAGGUGGCAUCAGCCCCACCAUGAGAGUCCCCGGGACAGAGUGGGGCUGAGGUGCCACACCUCAGUGCACGCCUGGAGCUAUUCCUGGGGGGCUGCUACAACACAGUAGUAAAUAGCUUCUCUCACAUCCCCCUUCAGAAAUAAAGAGGAGGUGGAAAGCCAGAAGGCAGUUGUUUGCUGCAGCCCUACAAGGGGAGAGAGGGUUUCAGAAAACCCCUGUGCUGAGAGCUCCACGUGCUGUACCCGGGAGGACCUGUGAUUUCAGUGGCCGCGGUUUCGGAGGCAUGGAGGGAUGCGCUGGAGUUAGCAGUGCUGUUCCAGCUCCCUCAGCAGUGGUGCAGAAGAUCAGGGCCAUGGAUGUCCCUCUGGCCGCACUGGGGCUCGGGUGGGUGUAUAACAGAGCUGUUACCCAGGUGGUGAUUCCUGGGGUCUCCUCACAGCACUGAGAGGUUAUCAGCAAAACAUAAAGUACUCCAGAUACCUCAGACGCUCCCCUACGCACAAGCGGAUGUAGCUACUUCCAGUUACUCUUGCACUCUUCCAUGGGAGAUGGCCUCCAGCUUCAAUUAAAGACCGUGGUUUUGGGAGAUUGAACUUCUGUGAUAUGUUCUGCAAUCCGCAGAUCGUAAAAGGUGGAAAGCAAAGUGAAAUAAGCCCAACCCCAAGUAUUAAUAUCCAAAACGCUACAUACAGCCUCUCUCCAUCAUGCUUCCAGACCUUCAAUACACCUUGCCAGCUUGAACACAGCAAUAAGCCUCUGCCCAUUGGAGAAGAAGGACGUGGGGCACAAGACCCAAACAUUUCAGCUCUAACCCUCCCUCCUUCAGCCUGCAGUAGGUCCUCACACUCAGACUGGUACCAGUGAAUGCCUGAUGUGCCCCACUGGUAGCAGCUACUUGGCACUUAGACUAUUAGAGCUGAAACUUGGAGGUGUGACCACUUUCCUGAGUGGCCUGGAGCCCAAGGUGACCAGGGGCACAGGAGGUGUCAGCUGAAGAUCAGACUUCACAAAAGCAAGGCAAACAGCAAGCGUGGAGUUUCCUCCUCUUUGCUCUGCUCACCAGCCAGUUUCCAAAUUUCGCAAUCACACUUUUUCUAGUUGGCCUCAGAAGUGUUUUUUUCCUCCUUCACAAAGAUGAACUUGACCGAAAGGCAACACCCCAAAAAGGGGCAGUGAAACCGGGUGCACCCAUGGUGCUGUGGGGGCAGGAGGUGGCCAGCAGCGGGAGGCCCUUCUCUGCUCCAGACUGUCUGCAUCACUGCCAGAAACAAAAUAGGGUUUUUUGCAUGUCAGAUGAAGUCAGCUCAGUUUUAAGGAAAGGCAAACAUCCUGGCCCAAGGAGCAUGCAUCUUACAUUGGGAUCUCUGAGAUGACUCAAGUACAUUUUUUCUGACAAGGACACUAACUAAAAUCUUUUUUACAUGACUAUACCCUGCUUAGUAUCUCCAGAGUAAUUUUAGAGACCUUUCCUGCUUCCUUUCCUCCUUCUCUUUGUGUUCCUUCACGACCCUUGCUGCACCCUCUGAGAAAAGGCUGAAUCUUUGCUUCUACAUCAAAAAUCAAGCAAGAAUAAUGAUGAUGUACUUGGCUGGUUCUAAGAGAAGAAAAUACUGAGCUCUUACAACUGCUAAAAUCUUUAAAAAUAUUCAAAUCCCUUUGGCUGCAGUAAUACAAUUCAAAAACCAUGAAUAUUGUAGCUAUCAGAAUUCACAGAAGUUACCUGCCUAACUGCAGUUAUUUACGCUGAACAUCGGCAGCGUCAGAGAUGCUGCGGACAGUGCGGAGCCAGAAGCGAGUGAAGAGUGCUUGACACUGUUUCUCAGAAGACUGAAAGGAAACACUGCUAAGGGGUGGGUAUCUAGUAAAAGCAGAACAGAAACAUAAUCAAGUCAUUUAAAACAACUUUGAUGCAAUCCCUGAAAUUAGGAUGUUGUCUAACAAAGCUGAUUCCUUCUGCAAGCAGGAUGUCUUGAUGCACUGUGACACACUGUUCUUAUCCUGGAAGCCCGAAGUGCUGCGCUCAGGAGAG